GCGAAAAUGUUGAGAUGGUUAGCGGCAGAGGAUUAUAGGCUGAGAUCAGGUUGUGAUGAGAGAAUUGGACUUAUUAAUUUGAGUGUCCAACUGAGGGACAUCUUGCUACAUCCCGGGAAGGAAGAUCGAGGAGUUAGACCGGAAGGUAAAGUGGUAUGUAGGCAGUAG